UUGCUCCGUGCUCUUCCUUCAAUUCCGGGUAGGCGGGCUCUCGUGAUGCUGAUUCAUAUACAGAGUGAAAACGUCGUUUAAUGACUAAAAAACAUAUGACAUUGUCGAGUCUCCGUCAACUCAACAGCAGUAUUUUCCAACUGUUUAUUAUGGUCUCUACAGACUUUAAAGGCUUAAUCCAAAGGUUUUAUCAUCUUCAGUCAGAGAGAGUCGAGACCUAUCGGCUUUUUGACGAGGGACAUGAGGCCUACUUGAGGACAGGACCCCACUAUGACUUUGACCACUACAAGCAGCUGGUUCAUGAGAUAACGCAGGCCUUCUGUGGUAUCUCUAAGGAAGUGCUGGACAUCAAGGGGAUGCUGCACCAUGAGCUCAACAGGCCAGAUCUCUCUGAGCACAUUGAGAAACUGCAGAGCAAAGAGAAGCAGAAACUUGAGCUGACGGCCAAGCUGCAGCUGGCCAGGCAGCGGGCCCAGGAUCACCCGGAGGAGGAAGGCUGUCAAGAAAAGAUUCAGGAGAUCAAGCACGAAAUCAUCAAGAACAAAGAGGCAAUCAGUGAGAUCAUGCAGGACUUUAAAUAUGACUCAGAGGAGAGUGAUUGACAGGGCCGCCCUCUCAUAUCACCACAGGUUCACUGAGCCCUGCCGCAACUUUCAUCUUGGAUUCCUCAGCUGCAAUUAUUGACUCCCUCACCCCCACCUGCCCUCUGGCUCCACCCUGCUUGCUGCUGCAGUCUUAUUCCACCCAGGGGGCUUUUCACAAUCUGUGUGUGUGUGCGCAUGCUUCUGUCAGGAGAUGUGUGCUUGUGUUAAUGCGUGCCGCAGCAAAAGAAAAAGUAAAGAAAAUGCUUAUAUUUCAGUGAAAAUGAUGAAUGAUGAAUGGGGAAAAAUGUUUAAUAAUAUUACAACGUAUGAGACAUAUCUGUGUACUCAAUGUUAUAUUUUUGAAAAUAAAAACACAUAACAAGAUA